GUCGCACGUGCGCAGAUGGAUUAUCAGAGGAAUAAUUAAACAAAAUUUAAAUGAUGGCGAUUAUUUUCGAGAGAGAGAUGAAAGAUGAUGAGAGCUAUUGGAGGUACCACCACAACAUGACUCAUAACCUCUUCGAGAGAUAAUUCUUGACAGCAGCACUCAUGAACCUGCUCCAGUGGAUAGGGAAUACGAAAAUAAUUAUUUUGUAGGGAUUUGAGGGUGAGAGCAUCAUGGACUCUUCCAAGGAUGACUCCAGCAAUCAGGAGGACUCUUACUCAGACGUAGACGAGAUUGAGCCAAAGCUGAAGUAUGUCAGGAUGCAAAAUGACAUCAAGGGCAUUCUCGUGAAUGAUGCAGCUAGCUGCAUCGCUGUCCAUCCCAAGUUCCUCUGCCUGGGCUCUCACUGGGGUCGAAUCCACGUGUUGGACCACCAAGGGAACAACAUCCAAUCGAAGACCCUCCAAGCCCACACAGUGGCAGUCAAUCAAAUUUCGAUCGACCACAAGGGCGACUACAUCGCCUCCUGCAGCGAUGAUGGCAAAGUCUACAUCUACGGCCUCUAUACAACCGACAAUAACCACAACAUGUCCCUUGGUCGUCUGGUGAAGUCCAUCGCCAUUGACCCAAGCUACUCCAAACCUGGUGGCUCCAAAAAAUUCAUAACUGGUGACGACAAACUCGUCCUCUACGAGAAGACCUUUCUAUCGCGAAUGAAACUGUCUGUUCUCUGUGAUGCGGAGGGUGGAGUUCGAUCUGUUGCCUGGAUGGGACAAUUUGUCGCCUGGGCUUCAGACACAGGUGUCAGAGUGUACGAUCUGAACUCCAAGUGCUCUCUAGGUCUCAUCAAAUGGACAACCAGUCCACCUGCCCUCCCUGAGCACUACCGUUGCAAUUUACGAUGGACGAACUCCAGGACACUCCUCAUCGGCUGGGUGGACACAGUUCGAAUCUGUCAGAUCCGAAAACGCUCCACUCAGGAGACACCGGGGCAGAAUCUCGCGGAGUUCCUCAUCGAUCCCGUCUCGACCUUUCAGGUGGACUUUUAUAUAUCGGGAAUAGCCCCUCUGGACACGCAACUGGUGCUGCUGGGGUGUCCGAAGGAGCCAGAUGACUCUGGAAAAUCUCAACGCCCAACUCUUCACAUUGUGGAUCCCAAGUAUCAGGAUUCCCAAACAAUUUGUGCCAACUAUCUGACUCUACGUGGCUACAAGGAAUACUCCUGUAACGAUUACCAUCUCGACUGUCUCCCCGAGGAAAACCGAUUCUUCAUAGUCUCUCCCAAGGACAUCGUGAUCGCCUCGUUGUACGACUCUGACGACAGACUGGAGUGGCUUCUGUCUCAUGGUAAAUUCGAAGCAGCCCUGGAGGCUGUGUCCCUCAAUGACGGAAGGGACUGCAAACGUCACACUCUCAUCAACGUUGGUAGAGUUUACCUGGACCAUCUACUGGGGACUCAGCAGUACGAGGAAGCUGGGAAAUUGUGCUUGAAGGUCCUGGGAAGAGACAAAAAACUCUGGGAAGAAGAGGUGUACAAGUUCGCCAGAGUCCACCAGCUGAGAUCUAUCUCCUCGUACCUCCCCAGAGGUGACGUCACCCUGGAUCCCCUGAUCUACGAGAUGGUGUUGUACGAGUAUCUGAAAAUGGAUCCUGAUGGAUUUCUACAGCUAGUUAGGGAGUGGUCACCAAAACUCUACACUGUGGCUGCUGUUGUCAAUGGAGUUUUAGAGCACCUCCUCAUGCACAAUCAGAAGCAAAAUGUCCUACUAGAGGCACUGGCCAUUUUGUACUCCCACGAUGGCAAGUAUGACAAGGCCUUGGCAAUGUACCUCAAGCUCAGGCACAAGGAUGUAUUCCAGUUGAUCCAGAGGCAUCAGCUCUGGAGCUCGGUUUAUGAUAUGAUCGAAGGCCUCAUGGAUCUCGAUGCUGACAGGGCCAUUGCCAUGAUCCUGGACAAGGACAAGGUGCCUAGUGAUUUGAUUGUCAAGAAGCUGCAGAAUAAUCACAGAUAUCUUUACCUGUAUCUCGAUGCUCUCGAUAAGAAGGACAUGAAGGACUGCAAGGGGAAGUAUCAUGGACUCCUCGUCAGGUUGUACGCUGACUACUCCAGGGACAAACUUCUCCCAUUGCUGAGGAGAUCUGACAAUUAUCCAAUCCAGCAGGCACUGGAUAUCUGCAGUCAGAGGCAAUUCUAUCCGGAAAUGGUUUAUCUCCUGGGGAGAAUUGGUAAUACAAGUGAAGCUCUUGCACUCAUGACUAGGGAGCUGGGGGAUAUGGAAGCUGCUAUCGAAUUCUGCCAGGAGCACGACGAUGAGGAGCUGUGGAAUGAUCUUAUUAAUUAUUCGUUGAACAAGUCGGAGAAUAUCACCUUCCUGCUUCAAAAAAUUGGAACGUAUGUGGACCCCAGGCUGAUGGUACAGAGGAUUAACCCCUCGAUGGAGAUUCCUGGCCUCAAGAAGGCUCUUAUCAAGAUGAUGUGUGAUUAUAAUCUCCAGGUGUCUGUCCAGGAGGGGUGCAAGAAAAUUCUCUCUGGAGAUUAUUUCAAUCUUCAUGAGAGAAUCGUUAGGUCUCAUCAGAAGGGAAUUUUUGUCGAUGAUGAUCAGAUGUGUGGGGCUUGCCACAGAAAAGUCAUCGUCAGAGAUCCCAGGAAUCUAGUCGUUUUUUAUUGUAAGCAUCUGUUCCAUGAGGAGUGUCUGCCUGAUCUUGAAAAUGUUGAGAAUUGUGUUAUUUGUAAUCCUGGGAAGGAUAAGUUCAAGUGAGAAAUUUUUAUAAUUUUUGCAGCUAAAUGCAUUAUCUUGUUUUCUAUUUUAGUAUCGUACUUCAAUCGUACCACCUGAGAUCAUGAAAUUUUUUUAUUGAAUUGAAAUUUUAACUUUAAUUUUUUAAUGAUUGAAAUAUUCUCUCGGUACUGAUAGUCGCAAUUAAAUUAAUUCUUCAAUCAAUUGUACAUAAUUCUAUUUUCAUUAACAGUAAGAAUGUUCAUGAGAGCAAAAAUCUAGAAUAAUUAUUUUUUUAAGCUGAAAAAAAACUGGUUUGUAC